AUGAACGGCACAGAGAAGACUAUCACCGAGUAUCCAGACAAGCAAGGAUCCUUCGGCCCGGGGAUCGGAGAAAGACAGACGAUAGCUUGUCGAACACUACUCGACGACUUGGUCCAGGAUGAGCCAACAGACUCUGAAGACAAGCAACAAGCCAAUGACAAGCGAAUCGUUCCAAACCAUCCAAUGAGGGACAGUCGUUCCACAGCCGGUCGAAGGUUGUUACUACAUCUAGAGAGUAAAAAUCGUAGCCCGAACGAACAUUUGAAAACAAGCCUUAGGUCUUUAAGAGGGCUGGCUCCUGAAGAAAGAAAUGAAAUUCGAGCUUCUUGUUCAUUUCUAGGGAUCCCAUGA